AAUGAAUGCACUGUGACGCUGCUCACAGCUUUUUGCUUCUUGACUCAACUCAUCUCAGAAGCUUUGCCACCUUUUUCUUGAUAUUUCAGGGAUAGUGAUAUUGUGUUUUAGAAGAAAUGGAGAACUGAGAAGUUAAGCGACAUAGCCCUCCCUUCCCUCUGCACUGUGCCGGUCCUCUUUUCCUCUCCUUCCCCCCUCCCUCUCUCUACAUAUCCUCCGUCUGGUCUUAGCGUGGUGCAGAAGCUGUGGGGAUGAAUGCAGACGGAGACAGAUGGUACAGUAUAGUUAGUGUACUAGGAACUGAGGGUGAAGGAAAGAGUUCUGUGUCUCGCUGGACUGGACUAGGCUGAGAGAGGAGAGUGCUAGCUGGUCAUGGGAUGCUGUAGUGUGACUCAGAGAGGAGCGCAUUCCGGGAUUGACGAUGUGGGCCCUGACGAGAUCGAGCUCCUGGAGAUUGACAACUCAGGGAUAUGGAGUCUAGGAGAGAGUAGGCUUCAGAUCUCUGUGAGGAAUGGAAAAGACGGUCCACCCUCUCGCUACCCUUCAGUGAGACACCUCAACCAGGAGGUUGUGCUAUGGGGCAGGAGCAGAGAGGAGCUACACCACAUAAUCUACAACCAGCCCAUACGUGACUGGGAGGGCCAACCUAUACACAUGUAUGGAGAGAUAGUGCACUCCUCCCUGGUGUCUCUCCACAACAGCUACACACAGGAGACACGUGAACACUAUCUGGUGCUUUUCUCCUUCCACUUGUUGAUCCUAUCUCUGGACCACUCUCACCAUGGCUUUAUCUAUGAGGGCAUGCUGCCUCUCUCUGGACUGUCUUUCCAAGCCACCUCACUAGCCUCCAACUCGCAAACCAUGUUCCAGAUCAGUGGUCCAAUGGUGGACUCCAAAGUAUUCACCUGUGCCAGUGCAGCAGAGAUGAACAAAUGGAUACACCACAUGGAUGAGAGGAAAUACAAAUCCAUGAGCCAACUGCUAAGCCCCUCCCACUGUGCACUGUCUUACCUGGUACCCUGCGAUGAGAUCUGGAAGAAAGAGGAACUGAAAACGUAUUUACUGCAAGCCCCAAUACAGCAGUGGGAAGGGGCCCCCAUCCAGCACAUGGGCCAGCCUGUAUACAUAUCCAUGGUCCACAUCAUCAACACACAGAGACAGGGAAUCCAUCAGCAACUUCUGGUACUCUUCCCUCAAGAUGUCCUCCUGCUCUCUGUGGAUAACAAGAGCCUCAGUGUCAUAUAUGAGGGUAGAUUGCCUCGGAAAAGCAUCACAGCCGUGGAGAGGUCAGCAUUACCUGGGAGGCUGGAGUUCGAGUUAGCAGGUGAACUGAUUGAGCCGCUGCAGGUAUCUUGCACCUGUCCUGAAGAAUAUCACAACUGGAUCUUCCAGCUACAACAGCCGGAAACAAACCUCCAAGCUACCUCAAACCACCCGGCUCCACCCCUCAUGCCAAAAAAACAGAGGAGCAGAAAGGAGUCCCAGGAACCAAUGAUAAUUGCACAUUAAUGAGACUAACUGACCAAUGGCCUCACAAAAUAGAAGACUCAUGCCUCUUUUCAUUAAUAGACACGAUAUUUGUGGAUAUCAUGUAUACAGUUCCUUUAGAAAGUAUUCAUACCCCUUGACUUAUUCCACAUUUUGUUGUGUUAUAGCCUGAAUUCAACAUUGAUUAAACGUAUAUUUUUUUCUCACCAAUCUACAUAAAAUAGCUCAUAGCUUACAGUGAAAACAUGUUUUUAGAAAUGUUUGCAAAUUUACUGGAAAUGAAAUACAGAAAUAUCUAAUUUACAUAAGCAUUCACACCCCUGAGUCAAUACAUGUUGGAAUCACCUUUGGCAGCUAUUACAGCUGUGAGUCUCUCUGGGUAAGUCUCUAAGCGUUGACACAUGGAUUGUAUUAUUUUUUUUUUUUAAAUGUAAGCUCUGUCAAAGUGGUUGUUGAUCAUUGCUAGACAGCCAUUUUCAAGUAUUGCCAUAGAUUUUCAAGCCAAUUAGUCAAAACUGUAACUAGGCCACUAAGGAACAUUCAAUGUCAUCUUGCUAAGCAACUCCAGAGUAUAUUUGGCCUUAUCUUUUAGGAUAUUGUCCUGCUGAAAGGUGAAUUUGUCUCCCAGUGUUUGUUGGAAAGCAGACUGAACCAGGUUUUCCUCUAGGAUUUUGCCUGUGCUUAGCUCUAUUCCAUGUAUUUUUAUCCUAAAAAACUCCCUAGUCCUUGCCGAUGACAAGGACACCCAAUAACAUGAUGCAGCCACUACCAUGCUUGAAAAUAUGAAGAGUGGUACUUAGUGAUGUGUUGAAUUUGGCCCAAAUAUAACACUUUGUAUUCAGGACAUAAAAUUAAUUCCUUUGCCAAAUGUUUUGCAAUUUUACUUUAGUGCCUUAUUGUACAAAUAUUUUUAUUCUGUACAGGCUUCUUUCUUUUCACUCGGUCAUUUAGGUUAGUAUUGUGGAGUAACUACAAUGUUGUUAAUCCACUCUCAGUUUUCUCCCAUCACAGCCAUUAAACUCUAACUGUUUUAAAGUCACCAUUGGCCUCAUGCUGAAAUCCCUGUGUGGUUUCCUUCCUCUCUGGCAACUGACUUCUACACCUGCAUUGCUUGCUGUUUGGGGUUUUAGGCUGGGUUUCAGCUGAUGUAAGAUGGGCUUUAUAAAUACAUUUGAUUGAUUGACUUAGGAAGGUCCCCUGUAUCUUUGUAUUGAUAUACCAUCCAAAGUGUAUUUAACCCUUCUCCUACAAUUUACGUGGCCCUGUGGAAAUCAAAUUAACAUAAUAAAAAAAAUGUACAUCAAAAUCCGUCUGUUUAAGCUAGGGCUUUGUCUCAAUUCACUGUAUCUGCAAAUAUCGCCCUUCCGCAUAUGCAGUAAAAGGUGGCAGUAAAAGGUGGCAGACCAUAAGACAUCCGGAACAUCUGUCUUCUCGAGAAAAGGUCUAAAGCGUCUGAAAGGUUAGGCAUACAAACUAUUAUGAAAGAUGAGACUCUCACGAUGAUGUUCUCCGAUCUCCACAAGCUUCACAGGACUCGUCUGAAGUCGGUACAGCCUCUUCUGCCAACUUCUGUCUGCAGCGUCCGAAAAGUUUGGUCUACACACUAAUAUGACCCCUCUGUAGGACGCCCACAAGCCUCACAAGACUCUGAAGGUCCCCGGUACCAAUUGUUUCCCGAGCUUUCUUAUAUCUCUCAGAUAUAGGGCAGACACUUAAAGAACAAACUUCAUUUUUAUAUAUAUUUUUUUUUACUAUCUGAUCCAUGUAGUGAAUCUGUUAUUCAAUGCGUUUCUAUGGGCUAAUAACAGUAACACCAAAUUCAAUGUUUCAUCUAAUAAUUUUUGUAUAGAUUUUUUUUUUAUACCUUAAGGGGUCUUAAAAUUCUAAAUCAAAUAGUGUAAUGAUCCUUGGUAUGACAAUCUUAAAACAAUUCCAUAAGUUAGCUUAGUAGAACGCCCCUUACCCCAGUUUAGACUGGGCUUAGAGUCUCUUAACUCUCUAGAGGGUUAAUAACUUCACCAUGCUGAAAGGGAUAUUCAAUGUCUGCUUUUUUUUUACCCAUCUAUCAAUAGGUAGACUUUGUGAGGCAUUGGAAAUCCUCCCUUGUCUUUGUGUUCGAAUCUGUAUUAAAUUCACUGCUCGACUGAGGGACCUUACAGAUAAUUGUAUGUGUGGGGUACAGAGAUGAGGUAGUCAUUUAAAAAUCAUAUUAAACACUAUUAUUGCACACAAAGUGAGUCCAUACAACUUAUUUGACUUGUUAAGCAAAUGUUCACUCCUGAACUUAUUUAGGCUUGUUAUAACAAAGCAUUGAAUCCUUAUUGACUCAAGACAUUUCAGCUCUUCAUUUUGAAUUAAUUUUCAAAACUUUAUAAAACAUAAUUCCACUUUGUCAUUAUGGGGUAUUGUGUCUAGGCCAGCGACACAAAAUCUCAAUUUAAUCCAUUUUAAAUUCAGGCUGUAACACAACAAAAUGUGGAAAAAGUCAAGGGUGUGAAUACUUUCUGAAGGCACUGUAUAUGUAUAUAAUAUUCAGUCUGAUACAAUGAAAUUAAGAGAUUCAGGUGAACAUUCUUCUGCUGUAGGCUACUGUCUGUAGUACUCUGCUUCACUAGUGACUGUAAUAGCAAUGAAUAGGCUGAAUAGGGAGUUGAUUUUUAGUGAACUGAUUGUACAAUAUUUUUCGUAGAAUCUCUGUGAACCAAAAUAGAAAAUCUAGUGCUGUUUAUGACCUUUCCCAUACUUUGUUAUGAUUGUUCUUGAAAUAUACGGACUCAAUAAAAAGUAACUAAAUACCUUUCCCAAA